AUGAUAUGGCUGAUGGAGGUGUGGGGGUGUAUUCCCCUUCUACUAAUACUCACACUGCCUCUCUGCUUCAAACGCAUCACGUCUACGAAGUCUAAAUCGUCGAAGUCGUCGGGCAGUCGAAAAGCGGGUGAUGCCAGUGAUCCAUCACACAAAGCAUUCAAACCAAUUCCCGUCAAGCUGAUCGACACUAAGAAAUCGCCGAAAAAGUGCUGCAAGACGGCCCGUGAGCAGCGCACCCACUGCAGCUUCCAUCUGAAUGUCGAGCAACGCGACGAGACGGACCUCGAGGAAGUGGAGGGGGACAAUCCGUUGGCCCGAAAAGCCGAGUGCCAAUCGGGAAUGCUGUGGAUUGCAAAGAGUCGUGUCAAGACAGGACCCACACAAGCCACCACUGAACCACAACAACAACAACAGCAGCAGCAGCAGCAGAACAACAAGACCCAUCAGCCGCAGCAGCCCCUGAGUGGAACCCGGCUUCGAUGGCCCCUCAACAACACCACAGCCGCCAAUAAUGAAUAUGGAAAGACACAAAAGAAGACACAGCCAAUCGCCAUUAAUGGUGGCGAUGAUGAGAUGAUGAAGACGCAAUCCCUGGAGAAGAUUGUGGCCCCGGAGACGAGUUCCCCUCAACUCGACACGGCAUGCGAUCACUCGUCCGGAUAUCUAUCGCUUCUCUCGCCCUCUCGCAAU